AUGGCCAGUACAAGCUUGACCUCGACCUUUCUGACGCCGGAUCCGAGCUUCAAUUGGUUCUUCUUGCUUGAACUGAUUGUGUCUUGUAUUCUUGCGUUGUUCUUCCUGCUUUAUUUCAACCGGCUCUUCGCGACUCUCCUUUCCUACGCCAUUCGAGCUUACACCUGGCACUACUACCGAGCAUAUGUCGAUAUCAACGCGCUACAAAUCUCUUUACUUGGAGGACGAAUAUUCUUCAAAGGAAUUCGGUACCAUGGUGUGAACGAGACGAUCUUUAUCCAUGGAGGAUUCAUAACAUGGCGCUAUUGGUCACGCACGGUGGAGCGAAACGAUUUGACUGGCAUUCAUCGCAAGACUGGCCUUCACGACACCACUGGCAAUGGAAAUGGACACUCCGUGCAGGAUGGGCAUGAAGAUGAGAGCCUUGGAGAGCAAGGUGGCAGGGAAAAGAGAACCGAGCUACCCUGUCGGAUAACAAUCAAAGCCUACGGACUUGAGUGGUUUGUCUACAAUCGGACUCCAGCGUAUGAAAGCAUUCUUGCUGGAUUCGGUUACUCGCCCAAAAAUGUUGAUCUGGACAUCCAUUCAAACCCUCCAGGAUCUCGCGCGACGGCGGAACACCAAGGCAUUGGAAAUGAGUUUGACUUCCAACAGACGCCUGGUCACCAAACCACCCUGAAAACGAUGUCGGAGCGAAGCAUGAGUGAGAGAGGAGGAAUCUCCUCUCAAAUGACUGCUAUCCGCGAGUCAGAACUAUCGGAGCCAGUGUCCAAAAUGCUUCAACUCCUACCAGUUAAAUUGGAUUGCAAAAAAGGUGCCAUCGUACUUGGCAACGAGCAUACCCGGUCUGUUUUGACCACGACUUUCGACACUGCAACGGGUACGAUCGAUGCUUGUAAUUCCGGCCCGCUUGAUCUAUAUCGGCAACUGUUUUCAUUUAAGCUUAAUCACCCCGUGGUUCAGAUGCGGCCGAACCCUGAUUUCAAACAAAAUCAGCCUGCAACUGCAAGAGCUAUAUGUGCUGUGCAUGAAGAUCAGUCCAAAUCGAAGAAGAAACGACAGAACAUUUUCAACUACCAAUUCCAAAGGCGGAAGGUGUGGCAUAGCAUACGUGACCUUGUUCCUUAUUUCCAAACUUCUGUCGAAUCGUUCCAUGACAACAGCAGACAUGCUGACAGCAUGCCAAGAAGCCAGGCGGAGUUUCCUGAUGUUCGUUGGACUGGUCUUUCGCGGUAUUUGGACGAAACCGAUGAAGAUGAUCAUGAGAAAUGGAGCUCAGUGGAAUAUGCCCGAUUUUCGACCAUUCUGGACAGCCCUAGUCUGACUAUAACGUACUUUUGGGAUAUUCCAGGCCGAGUCAGCUCUCCACGCCCAAUGUCCGGUGAAAAUGGACAACCAUACCCAGUCGAUAGAAAUAUCAACUCUGCCCUGCCUCCCGAAUGGGGAAUUGAUCUCAAGCUUGAUGGAGGCACUCUGAACUACGGCCCAUGGGCUGAUAGGGAGCGGAUUGGGCUGCAAAAUGUCUUCUUCCCGAACUUUUACCGCAGCGCCGAACCGGCAGAGCAGUUGGCACCUGGUGUUCUGCGGCAAAGCACGGGUUUCAUAUUGCGAAUUGAGAUCAACGAAGAGUUCACAUUACGAAUCCCUACUCGGGAGCCAUCUAAGGACUGGCAGUGGAAGGGUCGUGCCGAUGCCAUUGGAGGCGCAUCGAGGAUCAAGAAGCCAAAUGAUAGAAAGAAACCGCGAACAAAGGACGGUGAAAUGGGCCAUAUUGGAUCUGAAAUUCGUCCGUUUGGAUGGCUUUCUCUCUCCGUUGCUCCUGAUUCUACUAUCAAAUACACCAUGGAUAUGGUCGCCUCAAGCUUAGGAUUCCGGAACGAACUAUCUCUCGAUUUGCGGGAGUCGAAACUUUCAUCCAGCAUUAACCAUGGCUUGCUUUGGCAGUGUCCCCGACAACUGGUCACCUGUGAUCUAUCUAACCCACUUUCUUGGAACAACCUCCGCUCUUGGAAGUUCACCGUAGAGAGCCAAGAUCUAGAGCUGUUCCUUCUCCGUGACCACAUUUUCCUUCUUACGGAUCUUGUGAGCGAUUGGGCCUCGGGUCCGCCCUCGGAUUACUAUGCAUUUGUUCCUUUCAUCUACAACCUGGAUUUAAAUUUCACCAACUUCCAGCUCUACAUCAAUGUGAAUGAUCGAAAUAUCAUCAGCAAUCCUUCAGACCUGGAAGAUAAUCGAUUCAUCGUGAUCAAGGGAAAUCGCUUGACAUCCGAUGUCAUGAUACCAUUGAACAAAUAUCAACCCGACCAAACUGCCAUUGAGUUCAGGGUCAGCCUCGAAGAUGGUGGUGUGGACUACGUGACUCCCUUGUGGGAUACCCUGCACGAGUUCCUACCCCAAAAAUCCAUGGCAACUCUUCAAAACCUGUUCAUUGACGGCUCCUACAAUUAUUUCUCAGAGACAUCACCCGAAUUGACCGACACCUUGGUGCUCAACAUCGAUGGAAAGUCACCUCGGCUAUAUCUUUUUGGGUUCUUGAUCAAGAGCUUCAUGACAAUUAGAGAGAAUUACUUUGGCGAGGAAAUGCAUUUCAAGACCUUGGAAGAAUACCAAGAGCUGAUCUACGCCGAUGAAACCCCAUCGAAUCCUACGGGCAUCAAUCCUAACCGAAAGUCAAAUGAUAUGGACAUCCUCGUUCGUGUCACUGUCGACAGCCCAUGUGCUUUGCUUCCUGUGAACAUCUAUAAUCCAUCAAAAUGCACUGCACUAAACGCAGCGUCCCUCGAGGUCGAUUUGCGAUUCACAAAUUACUACAUGGAUCUGCAAUUUUCUAUCAGCCCGCUGAAACUUGAUUUGCAUUCCAUAAGUUCUGAUGGGUCUUCGAAUAUUUCUGGUACUCAAUUAUUUAUCGAUGGCGUCUCGGUCUAUGGCCAUCGUUUGUUUGGUUUACCACCCCUUGAGCCAACUUACGUCUGUAAUUGGGACUUCGAAGUUGGCAAAAUCAUUGGAGAGUGCUCCACGGAAUUCCUGGCUUGUUUGGGAUCGUCAUUGAAGAGCUUCGAUUUCUCUUUUGACAACGAGGAGAACGCCUUGCCAACACUAUUCCCUGAAAUUCUCUAUGAUGUGACCUUCUUGCGAGCCAAGAUUGACGCAAUUCACAUUUCCGUGCUACUGGACCAAGUAGCUGUCAUUUUGAGCACACAGCCACUGAAUGUGAAUUUCAAUGAUUGGGCCAACACCAAGUUUUCGAAACGUAUGAAUCUCCUCGUUCCGGAUAUCUCAAUUGCCGCCAUCGAUCGCCGCCAUCUUUCUCAAUCCAAUUUAUCAGCGGGAACAACAGUGGCUCCCAUAGGUCUUAUUCAAACGACAGUUGGAGUGAAGAUGGCAUUGCGGAAAUCUGAUAUUGCGGAAAGCCGGCGGCUUCAGCAAGAGCACAUCAAGAGUCACGACGAACGAACUCACAGAGCGCAAUGGCUACUUUCUGAUUGGGAAGAAACUGGACCAGCCUCAACAAUUCCUGACGAUGACGUGUUCCCUCCAACCAUGGCCAUACCGUCCAUGCCGGAGCCUAUUCAUAACAGGCCUCGCUCACUCAAUGCACCGUCAUAUCGGGCAGCUUCUGCGGCCCGUCCCAAUGGAAGUGCCAGGAGCUUCCUUGUUGAGUCAGAAGUAUCAAGCCUCAAUAGUGUCAGAAUACACACCACAAAUAGCCUGGGAGCCGCUUCCGACCCGGGCUCUAAACCACGGCCUUUUCCCCCUUCACGGGAAGCGAGCUGGGCCUCACAUGCUAGCCGAUCGAGAGAUGGAACGCUGCCUGGUUCUCGGGGCACUGCAGUUUCCUCAUCUACAGCAAGAGAUGCGAACCCGUGGAUCAUGCCACAAUUCCCAUACCACAAAAUUCGACUGGAUACAGCGGAGCUUCCACUGCCUUUCGUCGAUGAUGAUAAUACCUCGAUGAGUGAUGAUUCUGCUACAAAUCCAAAGUCCGUGUUCCUCACUUUUGAUGACGAUAAAACAACGUACACCAACCUCGCGUGCGACCUCCCAGUUGGUAUUCGAGGCUAUUGCACACCGAAAUUCCUUACGAGUCUGGCUUCCUUGUUGGAUGGGUUGGAACCAAAGCAUCCUGUUAGAAUCAUUGACUCGCUUCAGAAAGGUGUGAUAUCUGAUAUUGUUGGUUAUGACAAAGCUAUGAGCCAACCGAAGAACUCCACCGCCGUUUCCCUACGAGUUCCAGCCAUACAACUGCGUCUUGUGGAUCUGUCAGAAUCCCCCAACAACAAAAGAAUCGAGUUCCGAGAUGAGUACAGCAUUGAGCUUCGUCAUUUGCAGACUGAGUUCAGGAAAAAGGUGCGACGCCAAAAGGGAGAUCUGCUUGAAGGCGUCAAGCAAGAUGUCACUGUCCAUGCAGCGGCAGAUCACCUCUCGAUUGCCGUGGAGGGUAGCCGGGCAGAUGCUUUCUACGAGAAAGCCGAAUUUAGUUCCUGUUUGGAAGACUUGAAUUUUUGGUUGGUGACUACGCCCGAUGUCCGCUCUAAUCUCCAGAUGCGAACAUUUAAUACAGUCACAUCAGCGAAGUCCGUGGAGCGCUUAGCCUUCCUCGUUCGUCGAGCCACAACGAUGUUUGAUUCUGUUGCCUCGUCUUUCCAGCAAGUUUCAACAUCUAGCGAAAUGCGUCUGCAGUACCUCAUCUAUUCUUUGACUCAAUCGGCUGUCGACAUACCGGACCCGAUCUUUCUUGCUCGAAUCUCCUACGUUCUCAGAGUUGCUUCGACGCAUUUGCGACAACAUGACUCCUGGAAAAUUAUUUCUCGUAUCCGCAACGUCUACAAAAGUUUGCCCACCCAUCACAAGCGUGCAUUGGAGCAGAAGUUCUCGAGCGGCAAUGUCUCCUUACCAGAAAAUGCCAAGUCAACAGUUUUAUCUGGCUUCGAUCACUGGCGAGCUUGGGAUCUGGCCCACGUUGCGAAAAGCUAUGUCAUGCGUCGAGUCUGGCCGCACUAUGAAUCUCAACGAGCGACUGCGCAGCCUUUAAUGUUCCUUUCAUCCACAAUCAAGACCUUCCGAUUUUCGAUGGACCCUGGUCCUAGAGAAAGCGAUUUCAUCGUGGAGAACUUGUCGACCCUCGCGUCUCUUGUUCCGGACAAGGUUGUUAGUGAUGGCAAUGAGGAGAAACACAAGAAAAUUAUCACUUUGCAGUCGUACUGCGGCUCUGCGGCUCUGCGGCUGCGAUGGGAGAUAUUGGACCUUGUUGAGGGCGUGAUCAAGGCGAUGUCAAAUAUUACACUCGAGUCUGCACAUCCUCAUAAACCCAGCAUCGAGGCCCCAGAGGAGAAACCGACUGAACUCCAACUUAUUUUCGGAACGGAUUUCGGAUCCAUCACACUUGAUGGCAUCAAUGUGAAGCUCGCUUUGAUAUCCAAAGGACUACGAGGCUCGAUCGUGCAUCGGUCUGUUGGUGCAGCCCAAACAAAGCAAGAAGAUCUCACUCUGCUGUUCAAUGCCGAGGCAUGUUCUUCCGAGCUCCAAAGUCAAUCCACCACUUUGAUGUUGUCUGGAAUUGCCGAUCCAUACAUGUACUUCUCUCUCACCUCGGAAGAAAACGAAACCGAGUGUAAACGAGAUUGGAAGGUUGCUGCCUCUUGUAGGAAGCUUCGAUAUGACAUGAAAGAAGACCCAGUCAGUCUAGCGCAUACAGCUGACAGACUUAUCGCCGACGAGGUCAGGUUCAUCCGGCAACUCGUAAAUAGCGUCAAGCUCCCUAAGUCCGAGUCGCAAACCGACGACAAUUUGGUGCCAAACAAGCCAAUGCGUGACACAUUCCAUGUGGCAAUGUUCUUGGAAGAUUAUCGAUUAAACUUUAGUUUAUUGCCAUCCCUGGCCUAUCUUGUUUCAGGUGACGUUGCUCGCAUGUCGCUGAUGCCCACGGAAGCUUCCAAGAUUGAGGUCGACUUUGACGUGAAGAAGAACACCCAUAAGUUCAUGUCAGGUGAAGGGGACAAAUUCCAUGCCUUGUCGGUCAUGGAAAUCCCCCCGGUCAACGGUCGAGUGCUUGCUAAUCUCUUGUCGGACCGUAAGGAAGUGGAGGUUGAUGUCACGAUUGAACUCAUUCGAUUGGAAGCUAGCGCUGUACGCAGCCUCCUGGCAGUCUUAACUGGAUCCGAUGUUUCUCACUUGAUAUCGGAUCUCAAGCAAAACGUGAAUGUUCUUCAAUCACACUUGGAAGAUGUACUUGCCUUACGGAGGUCAUCGCUGGAACCCAAGCCCAUAUCAGUAUCCGAUGGCCAGGAGGUUCUUUACAAGUGCCGGCUCACGAUGGCUGGAUUCGAGAUCCAUGCCUCUGCACCUGGUCUGAAUAGCAAGGACUACUCUGCAGAAAUGAUAUUCAGUCUUGGUAUGAUGCGGAUGCGACUUGAAAACGGCCUGGACAGAGGCUACGCCAUGGAGUAUCUCGAGUUCAACAUCGACGCCUCGCAAAUCAACUUCGAACUCCGACGACAAGAAACUUCAAGGAGCCUCCCAUACGGUGGCUUCUCUGCUGGCGUGAAGCUGCAGGGAACGUCCGCUGUCCGUGAAAACGGUGAAGUCACAAGGUCAUAUCACUUCACUAGUGAUCGAUUCGAUAUCGAACUAUAUGCUGAGACGGCAGCUCUCGUUGUUGACAUUGCUGUCUAUACCCAAGAACGCAUCAAGACGCUAGACCUUUCGCAUGAAGUCAAGCGUCUUAGGAAACUGGGACAUCGUAAUCACGACACCAAAGAUGGGAGUAUUGCUGCCCCCGAGAUUCAACUCAACGACGAUUCGACCCCAGAGAACUUCCUCAAUGCUCUUUACUCCCUCCAAUUCCAGCAUAUUCAAAUCGCUUGGAAUAUGGCCGCGAUACACAACAAAUUCGGCCGAAACCCAGAGGACUUGGUCUUCUCGAUCCAGAAGGUUGAAUUGUCGAACAAGAAGAAGAAUGCAGCCAAACUUAGGAUUGAAAACAUGCAACUUCAGAUGGUCCCGUAUGAAGCAGACAGAAGAAAGCGGUCGCUCAACUCCGCGCUUAUGCCCGAGCUGGUAUUCAACGUGGCGUAUUCAUCAAAAGGAAAAGAGUUGUGGCUUGCUUUCCAGGCAGCUGGAAAAUCCCUCGAUAUUCGUGCGACGUCGGAGUUCAUCAUUCCCGCCAGCAUGUUGCGAGACUCAAUUGCGACAGCGAGCGAGGCCCUUCGAGACGGAAAGACUGUAUGGGCAACCAGAGCAGCGUCCCCUGAUAACACUGAUACCAACAAAGACCGUAACCUCUUCGGCAAGAGACGAUUGCGGUCUCUUCUCAUCGAUGUUGACUUUGCCGGUGCUACUGUUACACUUCAAGGCAAGCUUGGCCAUGAUCACCAAACAUUGCUCGCGGCCACAUGGAAGGGCAGCCGGCUCUCGGACGCGAAAUAUGGUCAAUAUGUUCAGGGUGACACUGCAACUACUGCAACGCUUCAGGCACCUGGAGUGGCUCUGAAGGUUCAGUUUGAGGAUAACGGCAUCGAUGAUCCAGUCCUCAAUGCUGAGUUGAAAGUUGACCCAUCUACAAACACAUUGUAUCCCACUCUUGUUCCUCUGGUUAAGCAAAUGACAGCCACGGUGAAGGAGAUUAUGGGAGACCAGCAAAGUCAACAGAGCCAGCCGCGUAGGCUGUCUACAGCCGCGAAAUUGCAGCCACAGAAGUUGAUGCAAGAGGCACCAUUCGGUGCUGAGGACCCGACCAGUAUUCUUGGUCGGUGCAGGGUGAAUCUGGGAUUGCUUUUCUGCAAGCAGGAAUUCAGUUUGAGUUGUCAACCCAUUGCAAGGGUAGCAGCUACUGCACGAUUUGAGAGCGUUUACGUGACCGUCAACACGGUCCUAUCAGAAGAGCAGGGUCGAUUCCUCGCCCUGUCAUUGGCAUUCAAUAGCUUGUCCGCCUCUGUGAAACAUGUUUACUCAAACGAAUCAACGGCGAGCUUCGAAGUCAAGUCAUUGGUGUUAUCGUUGAUGAACAGCAAACAUCUUGGCCGGACGAGCGGAAUGUCAGCUAUCUUGCGAGUCAGCCCGAUGAAGGUUGCUGUCAACGCCAAACAGGUCCAAGAUUCUCUUCUCUUCCAAGAGAUCUGGCUUCCGUCCAAUGAUGACCCAGCCUCAAAUCCAACUCCCCAGCCAGAUACUCCUGAAGCGCAGCCUUACAUCGUGCAGCGAUACCAGCAGGUUGCUUCAGCAUCUGCAUUCCCUUGGAACACCACCAUCGCCAUUGAAAAGGUCGAAAUUCAACUGGAUCUUGGGUCGACUUUGGGCAAGGCACAAUUCGGCAUUAAGGAUCUGUGGGUGUCUACUAGCAAGACAUCCGACAAUGAACAGAACAUGUGUGUCAAUUUCGGGUCUGUUGCAAUCGAGAGCAAGGGCCGCAUGAGUGGCAUUGUUGAGCUCGGAAACCUGAAGGUGCAUACCUCAAUCGAGUGGCCGGAAGACUCUCGACAACUUGGACAAACACCACUGAUCCAAGCCUCACUUGCAUUCCAUCACCUUCAAGCCAAGGUCUCAUUCGACUACCAACCCUUCCUAGUCGCCCACAUUGCCAGGUUCAACUUCUUGAUGUACAACGUCCGAGACACAUCCGGUGAGCAGAGCCAACGCCUUUUCAGUAUUCUGGAAGGAGACAAAGUCCAAUUGUUCUGCACAUCUCUCACAGCAUCACAAACUUUGGCCCUCUUCCAAGCCUGGCAGCGCCUGAUCCAAGACGUGCAAGCAGCCUACAAAGCAUCCCUCCGCGAUGUAGAACGUUACCUCCGCCGCAAGUCAUCCAUCCUAACCGAACGUCCCGAAGUCGGCGCCAAAGAUCCCGCAAAGCAACCAGACGACCAGCCAGAGAAUGCACCAAUCUCCCUACACACAGGUGUAGUGGUCAACAUCCGGCACGUCAACGUCGGCGCCUUCCCGAGCACCUUCUUCGACAACCAAAUCUUCAAGGUAGAAGCCUACGAUGCUGAAGCCCGAUUUGCCGUUUCCCUGGAAGCGGGCAAAAUCCACAGUGCCCUAGGUCUGACACUCGGCCAACUUCGCGUCGCCUUAUCCGGCAUUACAAGACCAACAUCCGCCCAGCUAGACGAACUUUCCGUCGACGAAAUCGCUGAACGAGCGGCCGCCUCCCGAGGCGGAACAAUCCUCAAAGUCCCCCGUCUUGUCGCCGGUAUGGAAACCUGGCAAGCACCGGGAACCCAUGAAAUCGAAUACAUCUUCCGCAGUACAUUCGAAGGCAAAGUCGACGUCGGCUGGAAUUAUUCUCGUAUCAGUUUUAUCCGUGAUAUGUGGGAGACGCAUUCGCGCGCACUUGCUUCAAGACUCGGCAAGCCGUUGCCUCCUUCUGCUGUGCGCAUUACUGGUGGACCUGGUAGUGGCAGUGCUGAGGGUGGUGGCGCUAGCUCUGAGCAACAGGAGAAGAUUACUGCUGUUGUUAAUGUGCCGCAGUCUAAAUAUACCUACACUGCGCUUGAGCCGCCUGUUAUUGAGACGCCGCAGUUGAGGGAUAUGGGUGAGGCUACGCCGCCUUUAGAGUGGAUUGGGUUGCAGAGGGAUAAGUUGCCUAAUGUUACGCACCAGAUUAUCAUUGUUACAUUGUUGGAGAUUGCGAAGGAGGUUGAGGAUGCUUACGGGAAGAUUCUGGGGGCUUGA